AUGCAAAAGCAGUUAAUCUUUCUAGUGUUCUUCAGAAACUCUCCGAAACCACUAGCAGGGAGAAGUGCAGGGUAGCUACAGCACAGCACUUGGGCCAGUUACUCAUUUUGUCUCAAGAAGGCUCUGCCACCCCAAGAGCUUGCCAAAAUGUGUGACAUGGGGGGACUUGACAACCUGAUUGCCAACACAGCCUAUUUGCAGGCAAGGAAGAGUGGAGAUGCAGAUGCCAAGGAGAUGCAAAAGAGGCGUAGGAGCCUCUCACUGCCCAAGAUUGAGCAAUGUGGAGAGGUUAGGCAGUCUCUUGUUGUUGAUUAUGAAAACAUCUGUGAGCAGCAGCCAAUUGGCAAGAGAUUCUUCAGAGACUUUUUAGAGACAGUGCCAGAAUAUGUGGUAGCUAGGGACUUCCUGGAUGAGUUGUCAAACUGGGAGUUGGCAGAGGACAACAUCAAGAGCAGUACCAUGGAGAAUAUCUUCACCAAUUUUCUUAAGACAGGCUCCAAAAACUAUCUGGCUUUCAUGAGUUCUGACUUGGCCAGCAAAUGCCAGGCAGCUACUGCGAAAGACUACGAAGCUGUUGUGCAGCUGGUGAAGGAGGAAACCAAACAAUUUCUUAAAGACAAGCCCUUCCAGGACUUCCAGACUAGCCCCUUAUAUGACAAAUUUCUCCAAUGGAAAGUUUUUGAGAAGCAACCAGUAACUGAGAAAUACUUCUAUGAAUUCCGUGUGCUGGGCAAAGGUGGCUUCGGAGAGGUAUGUGCUAUCCAGGUGAAGAAUACUGGGAAGAUGUAUGCCUGCAAGAAACUGGAUAAGAAAAGGUUGAAAAAGAAAGGUGGGGAGAAGAUGGCACUACUGGAGAAAGAGAUCCUGGAGAAGGUCAACAGCCCUUUCAUAGUCACACUAGCUUAUGCAUAUGAAAGCAAAAGCCAUCUGUGUCUUGUCAUGAGUCUCAUGAAUGGAGGGGAUCUGAAGUAUCACAUCUACAAUGUGGGAGAAAGGGGUUUGGAAGUGAACAGGGUCAUCUUUUACUCAGCUCAGAUCACCUGUGGGAUUCUGCAUCUCCAUUCUAUCAAGAUUCUGUAUCGGGACAUGAAACCAGAAAAUGUCCUCCUGGAUGAUAACGGUAACUGCAGACUGUCUGAUCUUGGAUUGGCAGUGGAAGUCAAAGAGGGAAAAACCAUCACUCAGAGGGCUGGAACAAACGGUUAUAUGGCUCCGGAGAUCCUGAAGGAGGAAGAUUACAGCUAUCCUGUGGACUGGUUUGCUAUGGGGUGUAGUAUUUACGAGAUGAUUGCUGGGCGAACACCAUUUAAGGAUUUCAAAGAAAAGGUCAAUAAAGAUGAGGUUAGAAGAAGAACUCUGGAAGAUGAGGUGAAAUUUGAACAUGCCAACUUUUCAGAGGAAGCAAAAGACAUUUGCCGACUGUUUUUGGCCAAGAAAAAAGAGAAUCGUUUAGGAAGCAGAAGUCAAGAUGAUGACCCAAGAAAACACAGUUUCUUCAAAACCAUAAAUUUCCACAGGCUAGAGGCAAACCUUGUUGACCCUCCAUUUGUGCCAGAUCCAUCAGUUGUCUAUGCCAAAGAUAUUGGAGACAUUGCUGACUUCUCUGAAGUACGAGGAAUUGAGUUUGAUGACAAAGAUAAGAAGUUCUUCCAAAGGUUUGCAACAGGUGCUGUCCCUAUACCCUGGCAGGAAGAAAUUAUUGAAACAGGACUGUUUGAAGAACUGAAUGAUCCUAACAGAGUAGAAUCCGGGAAAUAUGUAAAUGGAGAUGAAGCUAAGUCAGGAGUUUGUUUAUUGUUGUAA